CGGUGCCUGAGACGUCGUCCCUCGAGGUGCCAUCAUGGCCUGUCGCUCCCUUGCCCUUCUGCUCGGUGGUUGUGUCCUCGUCCUGGGCUAUUCCCUGAAAGCGUCAAAAUGCAAGAAUCUUUCUACAGGAAGUCAGAUCCAUUCUGACCACACCGGGUGCUCACCCGACGGCGAAGGGCCCUCCUCCCUUCAGGAAGAAAGGGCCCUCACCCCCUGCCAUUUCACCUGCAGAGACACACUGGAAAUGAUCAACGACCAGAACAGCUGCAGCGCCUUCCGCGUGUGUCUCCCUGAUGGCCCGCUGGGACCGGUCACUUGUCCAGGAAACACCUUCUUCCACUGGGAGAGUCAAACGUGCGUCGAAGACAGUGGCGUCUGCUGCUCGGUCGCCUGCACGCCCAUUUGUACGUCCGCAGGCGUGCAGAUUCCCGACCCUACUGACUGCACCAGAUUCUACGUCUGCAUCGAAACCGGACAGCCCAGCGAGGACGCCCACCUCACUUGCCCGAGCGGGACGUCCUUCGACGCCGAAGCCCAGCGAUGCCUCGCCGAUGUGGAAUGCGAAGCCGUUUGUGCUCCGGGCGUGACCACCACCAGCGCAGCGCCGUGCACGCCAUUCUGCUCGACUACGGGCGUGCAAAUUGCCGAUCCUAAUGACUGUACCAAAUUUUACAUCUGUAUUCAACAAGGAUUUCCAGACGAAGAUGUCCACGGGUCGUGUCGGCCGACCGAGCAUUUCGAUCCCGAAACGGGGCGAGCUUCGACCGGACCAACCGGAGUAGUCACUGGCACAACCUCAGUUUCAGGGUCAACUGGAUCAGCCACUAUACCCUCAGAAACAACUACACCCACACACUCAACCACACCCUCAGAAACAACACCCACACACUCAACCACACCCUCAGAAACAACUACACCCAUAGGCUCAACCACGCCCUCAGAAACAACUACACCCAUAGAUGUAACCUCAUCUUCAGAAACAUGGAUGUAACCACACCUUCAGAAACAACUAAAACAACAAAGUCUACAACAGAAGAAACCAACUUAUGAAAUGACACAUACGUAUAACACGUUACAAUAAAUUCACAAACAACUUUUAUAACACUGUAAUGCUAACGCAGAUACUGUAUAAUAGAUAAUACACAAUAACCCCCUAUGAAAAUACAGUAGAUAUUAUGUGUAAUCAAUAUCAUAUAUUUACCUUACAUGUUAAGUGUCUGAAUUAUAUCGUUUGUGUUACAGACGUCCGUUGUGAUUCCACUGUAAUCUCUAUUGCAUUCUUUUUAAGUUAAAAGCAGAAAUGGUGUUUCCUUUAUGUCUAAGAUUUUGAAUGUAUAUAACCCCGCUGUCUUUUAUUUCUCUCGUGCCAUACUCCUGUGGAACCAAACUGGAGUAUUAGAUUGAUUAUGUCUGCUCGUUGUACUUCACAUUGCCUAAUGUCUUAUAUAUUUACUAUUAUGCUAUGUAAAUUGUCAAUAUGUUAAUGCAUCUAGUACAACUGACUACUUUAUUUGACUCAGUUAAUGCUCUGAAGUUUGUAACUUGCAUGAACGCCUUGGCAAAGGCACACAAAAAUAGUUUACCCUAUUUUGAUCGUCAAAGAAAACAAUAGGUACUUCGUAUCAUUCAUAAAAAAUGUAGUAAA